CUAACCUAGUUGCCCCCCUUCUCCAAAGCCGGCGGCGCUUCCUCGUCUGUACCAGAGAGAGAGAGAGAGAGAGAGAGAGAGAGAGAGAGAGAGAGGAAAGGCUUGGCCAUGGCGUGGGAGGAAGAUGGCUUGGAAGAGGAGCACGAGGAGGAUAUGGAAGCGUCGGAGGAGGAAGGGGAGGAUGUGGUGGUGGGGCAGAUGCCAACGUUCAUGGUCCCAAAGCACAUCAAUAAGCGCGCCCUGAAGAACAAGGCCCUCUCCGUCUCCCUCGACAAGAAAGCCCUCAAGGAUUUCGUGACUGGGUUUCACAAGAGAAAGAAGAAGAGGAGAAAGGAGGCGCAGAGAAUUACGCAGGAGAAGGACAGACGGAAGCGAAUCGAGGCACGCAAGAUGAGAAAGCAAGAGAAAGAGAUUGCUCUAUACGGUAAAGUCGUGUCAUCAGAAAAUGUGGAUGGUGAAGACGGUGAUGGUGAUGGUGACGGGAUGGAUGCAGCUGCGCCUGAAAUCAAGACGUAUGAAGAUGGCGGGACUAGAAUAACAGUAGUCACCUGUGAAAUUACUCAUGGAGAGGAGGAUGACCAGAAAUCCGUGUCAAGGAGCUAUGCUAAGAAGAGUUGCGGUGUGGUUAGUGCCAAGAAGCAGCCCAGUUUAGGCGUGAAGAAGAAGCCGCCACCAAAGAGGCAAUUCAGCAAAAGCAAGAAGACUAAAAAGGUUGACACGAGUAGACGGAAGAACAAAGGAAAGCAUUGACGUUGUGUAUGCCUGUGGCUGUGGACGGACGGGCCUGAGUUGCAUUUAUUUUUUAAGAUAAGAAGAUAACAAAAUCGGUUACGAAUUGUGUUCCUGUUGCUGCAUUUGUGCUGUUCUGGCAAUUUCUUUGUCAUGGUA